GGACUUGGGCUGGGCUUCUUCUGUCAGUUUCAGCCGGUUGCGCUUGCGCCGUUGUGCGGACACUUGCUCGCACGCCACAUCCACAGAAUCCAUCUCCAGAUGUCAGCCUCCGGCGACCCCCUGGACGUCCUCCCGGCGGCGGUCCUCGCCGACGUCCUGGGCCGUGUAGCUGACGCCGGAGACAUCGCGGCUUGCCGCCUGGCCUCGCGGACGCUUCUCGCCGCGUCCUACAUCUGCCCCCGCGUUCGCCUCUGCGCCGCCGACCGCGCCCGCCGCCGGCGCGAGGGCGGUGGUGGUUCCCCCGCUUUCCGCGCGACCACUGCAAACCUCGCCUCGCUUCUCGGGCCUCACCUCCGGUCCCUGUCGCUCGACACGGCCGGCGGUCAGGGUUCCCCCGAUGACGCGAUGUGGGUGGAGGAGGGAGAGUUCGAUGAGGCCGACGGCCUGCAUCUCACCUGCGGCGAGGCCGUGGCGGCCUGGGCGACGACCUCCGCCGGAACGGUCCUCCGGGAGCUUGAUAUCGCCGACUACUGGCCGCAAGCGUGCUGGCGGAAGGCCGAGGCGCUCCCCCUCAUCUCACACUACUGUCAAAAUCUCGUCAAGUUGUGCCUUAAAAAUGCAUGGCUUUCUGUUGACAGGCUCAAGAAAAUGCCAAAUCUGACUUAUCUGACGCUUGAGUUCAUUAGACUGGAUGAUGAAGACCUCAACCAAUUGAAUGAAUGUUUUCCUUGCCUUCACACCCUUAAUCUUAUAGGAGUCGGAGGGCUCAAGGACCCUAAGAUCCACCUUCUUCAACUAAAGGCUUGCUGCUGGGAGGUAUCAAAUGUCCCACGGUCUUUGGUUGUCCAUGCACCAGACUUGGUUUUUCUGGAGUUGAAAUGUAUCAGACCAGAUACACUCAUUUUGGACACUCCAUCCUUGUCUACUCUAAAGCUCACCAUUGAUAAACUUGGUGCAACUGCCCGAGUUGAUGGCCUUCUGCGUUUGUCGAAUCUUCGCAUAGAAUCACUGGAUUUUAGUUCCCUUUUUCCAGCAUUCAUGGACAAUCAAGCUAUCAGGACAUUGGAGCUCGAGCUACCUGAGUCUUCAAGUCAAUAUGAACUUCUUGAAGCAGUUAACCCGGAUUAUCUUCUAAGACGGCUAGCCAGCUUUAGUGAAGUCAAGCUGGGCCCAAGAUUUUCACGUGAACUGAAACUAUGUCUUGCCCAAUACAAAGAUAUCCAGUUUGGAAGUUGCCUGAAGAAGCUCCUAAUUCAUGUCCCACAAUCAGGGAGUUGUUUCCAUCUCAUGCCCCUGUUUGAGAUCUGUGCACCUUUGUGUGAGGUGACUGUGCUUUUCCACGCUGAAUCAGCUGAUGCUGUCCGUCGUCAAGAUGCAAUGUCGAUUUGUAUGCAGAACUUCCCAGAGAUCAGAUGGCAGUGGGGUACCUGGCAGUAGUAAUACUGUCUAUAUAUGCAUAUUCGUACUUGUAGGCAUAUUGGUUACAUAACU